AUGGCUGCGCCGACGACGAGGAAGCUCAGGGCCGACGCGCGGCCGUACCUCGCUCCCCCCAGGCCGAUCCAGCUCUCUCGUCUCCCUCCUCCUCGCAUGGCUCCGCGUGCACGGUACCCCGCCGCCAGCGCGCUGCCUUUCCCCGUCGUCCCCGCGACGUACCGCUACUGCGCCCCGGCGUUCCGAGUCGCCGCUAGCGCUCCCCGGCCCGCCGCCUAUGGCUUUAUUCAGCCGGGGCUUCUCCUCUUCAAGCAACCUGCGAACCUUCUCGCCCUUUCGCCGCCGCCGCCUUUGAAGUUUAGCUCCAACAACAAGGCUGUCGAUUCGUCUACAUCAACGGCCCAGGCUUCGGGCCCCAACGCUCCCUCUCCGCCGGUCCAGGCUUCGAAUUCACUGCCGGUGCGGCCUCUGAGCCCCGAGGCUCUCCCGGUGCCGGACGGAUCUUCCCCUCCGCACAAGCUCAUCUCCCCCGCGUGCGCCGGCGUGGAGGACGACGCGAAGCAACUGCAGCGGCAGACUGCGGCGGCGUCGGCUUCCGCGAAGCCGCCCAUGGUCCGCAGGGGCAGGCAGGUAGUGGGGCCGGGGAUCUCGACGCUGCGGGAGAGGUCCCCGGGGCCGGUGUUCACGACGCCGGCGCGGCUGCCGGUGCCCGCGCCGCUGUGGCGCGACCGCCACCUCACCACCGUCAUGAUCCGUAACAUACCCAACAAGCUCACCCCGGCCGAUCUGAUUCUCUUGGUAGACGACCACUGCGCCCGCGUCAACAAGAAGAACAAGGAGCGCGGAGCUCCGCUCGCCGCCUACGAUUUCCUCUACCUGAGGAUGGAUUUCAGCCUGAAGAGCAGCAACAUGGGGUAUGCCUUCGUGAACCUGACGACGAAGGAGGCUGACCUCGGGCUGCACCGCGCCCUGCAGGGCGCGACAUGGAAGGUGAGAGCCAGCAAGAAGGUCGUCCACAUCUGCCCCGCCCAUAUCCAGGGAAAGAAGGCGCUGGUGAAGCACUUCAGCCGCUCAGUGUUCCCGUGCCUCACCGCCGAGUUCCUCCCCGCCGUCUUCACGCCGCCGCGCGACGGCGCCGCCGACACGUCCUCCUCUACCUGUUACGUCGGCUACCUCGUCGGUCCACGUCCUCCUCGUACGCCGCGGCCGGCACCGCCGAUGCACGUAUGGAAGCUCAAGCUAGCUGGCAACAGCGCCCAGGAGCAGGAGGCCGAGAGGCCAGCAGCAAGCGAGCUUCAAGCAUGGCCGUGUAGUCAGCUAGCCGUGUGUGGUAGCUUUCUUGGCCUGUAA